CUUAUCUUAAAUUUUGCUUCUCCUCCAAUAGUAUUUGUUUCCGUUUUCCUUAUUUCUUCUUUCGUUAUUCUUUACUCUUCCUUCCUCUUCGUUUUGGCCGAUCCAACCUUUUCCUCUACUGAGUAUCACCGCCUUUCUUCUCCAAUCUGUUUCUUCACAGACUCAAAUAUUUCCCGAAUGGACACUUCCUCUACGGUUAUACUAUUUCAUCUCUAUUUGUCUGCGUUUUCUAUGUUUCAUGCUUUUACGUUUUUGUUCACUGAAUGUGAUUUUCAUUUUAAGGUUGUUUGAUGUUGGGUUUGGGUUAUUGGUUGGGUCUUUCUUCGAAAUUUUGUGUGUGGGUUUUUGGUAAUCGAUAUCCCGAGUUGACUUGAAAGUUCUGAAUAUCAUCGUCGCUCAGACAGGUAUUCAAACCGCACCAGUUGAAUCACCGUUUUUCUCUUCCAAUCACAGAUUACCACAGCCUCCAUCUACUGUGUUCUUUGAGAGUAUAUCAUAUUCUCAUAUACUCUCAUUUCCGGCCAUUCUCAAAGCUUCAUAAUUUUUUCUCCGAUCAUCUCACAACCACCACCACCACCACCCUUGACGCCGCCUUUUCACCACCUCCGUCUUUCAGAGCCAUGAGCGCCGGCGGUCGGUCCGUAGUUCCAACGAAGUGUGGAAGUGACGGACUCCACCCCGAUUUGAUCAUUGUUUCUCACAGGUGGAGAAGGAGACGAACCUGACGCCAGACCUCCGACUUUGACUGCUUCCUUUGAUGGAUUGAGGCGAUGAUGAAUUUUAUUUGCGAAAAAAGUUGGGGUAUCGAGCACCGGGUGAAAUUCGGGUCGGUAUUUUGGCAGGGCAAGUCGGAAGGCAUAUUGACUCCGUCUUUACUUUAUGUCCAGUUUCGUGCGUCUUCUUCAACCAUAGCACCGCCAUCUUUUCGUCUCCUUCGAUGCUUGCCUGGUCUAUUCCUACAAUAGUGAACUGACUUGUGAAUAGUACCGUUCUUCCAUCUUUUGUGUUUUCACUGCGAUUCAAAGUCAGAUAAGGAGAUUGAAGGCAAGCAAGCUUUUGCAAUCAAUCGACAAGUACAACUAAUCGAAGGCUCCGUCAUGCAUAAAUCGACCAAUAUUUAUGUGCUGUAAUUUUCGGUUCUUAUCAUCUUCGAAGAACAAUAACUCUGACCACAAACAAGUACCCAGGAACUUGAUUAAGGAGCCUCAAGUGGCCUUGGGACUGAAACUUCAGUUCAAGAGUUCUUGCAUUUUGUUUGGGAAGUGGAAAGACUCAACAAGGUUACUACUUUUGGAUGAGAAACAUGGCUAUAAGGCGUUCGAUGAAAUGCCUGAUCCGAUUAAGGUAUUAAUUCCAGGGUUUAAUCACAAAGGAGAGAGGUUGUAUUGA